AUGACACCAUACUAUGACGAUUUAAGUCUCAACAAGCUCCCAACCGCUACCCGGGCCGAAGUAUUCAAAUUUGUAGGAGAAGCGAUUCAACGUAUCAGCACGAGACUUCAGGUCGUACCUGUUAGUGGAAACCUUUUUGCAGAGCGGUUUUGCACCCGCGAUUUUGCCACCACACCACCGGUGUGCCAUUCAAUUGCAACGAACGAGACGUGCUUGGAAAUGCCAAUGCCAGAUGACCAUUUCGCUUCAUUGGAGUACUGCGACAAGUGCUCUUCCAAUGGCUGCACGAAUUGCAAAGUAUCGCCGGCUGGAGCUGGUAUAUCAAACACGGACUUCCUCAUAUACGUGCGAGCUGAAGACACCGACCGUUGCAAGAGUGGUAGAACGUUAGCCUACGCAUCAACCUGCCAGCAAGAUCAGUACGAUCGUCCUACUUUUGGAAUGGUCAAUUUCUGCCCAAACCAGCUCAGCACUGCAACGUCAGCUUUCGAAUCCCAGGUGACCACAGCACUUCAUGAAUUUACUCAUGCGCUUGGGUUUUCAUCUCGCUUCUUUGCUCUGAUGCGAGACGAAGAUGGUACACCGAGAACUCCACGAGAUGGCAAAGGAAGUCCGCCUACGCGCUCAUCAGGAACGUGUCCAAACGGCAAAAAUAUCACUUACUACGUGGAACCUUCGAGCACAACGAUUACAUAUUCGACUGAACGGAACCAUAUCGUUGCAAAAAUGGUUACUCCUCGUGUUCGCAGUUUUGUACGAGAUCACUUCAAUUGUUCCACGCUUGAAGGUGCUGAGAUCGAGUCUCAAGACGGUGAAUGUCUCGGUUCGCACUGGGAAGAACGACUGUUUGAACCCGAAUACAUGACACCCGUCACGAGCUAUCGCAACGUUUUUAGUGCUCUCACGUUGGCUUUCUUUGCAGAUUCAGGUUGGUAUCGCGUUGAUUCGUCGAUCUCUGAGGUUAUGCAUUACGGACGGAACAAGGGCUGCACGUUUGUGACUGAGAAGUGCCUCGGUCCUGCGAUGUUUCCUGUAGCUUCGGAUCACUUCUGUGCGACACCCGCAAACGAGUUCCAGGGAUGCUCGAUUGAUGCCACAUCGCGCGCGGUAUGUUCCCUAAGCACGAACAACCUAAUGAUUCCAACGGAGUAUCAAUAUUUUCCAGAAAAUCCGACAAAGGGUGGAUCAAACAACUACGCAGACUUCUGUCCGCUCGUUGUGGGCUAUACAGGUGGUGACUGUUCCAUUUCAACGAACCUUUCAAAACUCGGCACGACCACCAUUAACGCUUUUGGUGAGACGUAUUGUCCUGCAUGCAAGUGCACAGCGACUUCUCUGCGCAGUGCUGAUUCUUUGCAAUGGUCGAUAGGUACACCGAGACAGAGCGGUUGCUACGCCAUGCGGUGUUUUAUCGAUAAUAAUUCAAGCACCCUUAGUGCUAUUGUUGAGCUCACUAUUCCACGUAGUCAAACACUGGAAGAUGUGCGGCUUAAGUGCAUCGAAAAGGGACAAAAGUUAUCUGUACCAGGCUUUACCGGUGACAUCACAUGUCCAGACCCGUUUGUCGUGUGUGCAACCAAAGAAACGAACAGAAUUUUACUUUCCGAUACUGAAAGCGACAGCAACGUUUUAUUCAAAUGA